AUGGCCAAGGACUGGGCUCCCCUACAGGAAGAUGUUCGCGAUCUGUACCAUCUCAAGAACAAGCCGCUCAAGGAGGUGAUGCGCCUCAUCAGAGGCCGGCACAACUUCAUCGCAUCCGAGCGUGCUUAUCGUACACAACUGCAGAAAUGGGGCUAUAUGAAGUAUAACACUCAAACAACCCCAUACCAGCGCUCCAAGCCAGCUCCGCGCCGCGACCAAUUCUCUCAGCCUCGGAGGGUCGAGGUACCAUCUGGCGUCGCCGCUCAAGGAAACGUUUACGCAGAAGACCUUGUCAAUGAAAGAAGCAUGGCUCCGAUGAAUGCCAGCUACGACGUUUUUGAUGAGAGAGUCAGCUCAGGCAUAGCGUUCCCAUUCGCCUCGAGCCAUUAUGACCCCGAGGGCAAGACGCCACUGCACCAUGCAGUCAUCAAAAAGGACCUUGAACAGGUCCGCAAUCUGCUCAAUGCUGGCGCUGCAGUCGACAUCAAGGACUUUACCGGCAGUGGCUCAUUGCACUACGGUGUCCUUACAGCAGACCUGCAGUUCGUCCAGCUGUUGUUAAGAUAUGGCGCGGAGGCUAAUGCCAAAGGUCCCUUUGGCCGCACACCGCUUCAUCAGGCCGUUUCCAUGUCCAAUCUUGCUAUCACCGAGACUCUACUCCGUAGUGGCAGUAUGGUUUCGGAGCUGGACGAUAAUGGUGAUUCGCCUCUGCACAUAGCUUCGAGACUCCCUUACAAGGAAUGUAGAGGUGUACCUCCACUCAUUACAAGGCUCCUGCAGUCCGGAGCUGACGUUAACUUAGUCAACAAGAACGGUCUGACCGUCUUCCACACCCUCCUGGAUCAGCCUUUCACCGCCCCCUUCUAUUAUUGGGAUUCGGACCCACGUUGCUGUGUGAGAGCUACUAUCUUGACAUUCUUCGACCACAAUGCGAAUGUGAAGACGCCUUUUCCAGAUGCCAGAACGCCGAUGCAAGUCUUCCUAAACCGAUCUGGAUAUGGCUGGGCUUACAAAAGGCAGUGUAGUCAGCAUGCCGCAGCAAACUUCAGCGAGGCGCGGAUCAUGUCGGAACUCCUUGACAGAUGCGAUCCGUCGGAGCUUUCUAUGGCUGGCGGCGAGUCGCUUGCUCACUACUAUAUCUGUACCAUCUGGGACCGCUGGAGGGUAGAUUGCUCAUGGGCGAGCAAGCUAUGUCAGCUUGCGGAGCCACAUCAACUUCCCAGCAACGGCAAUUCGCUCCUCCACGAGCUGAUGUGCAAGCCCAAACCCGCGACGGACAGUCUUGUGGCUGACCUCCUGCGAAGAGGCUGGGAUCCAAAUCAAUGCAACAAGCACGGACAGACUCCUCUCCAUCUGCUUCUCCAAGUGCCAGAAAAUAGAGUGAACCGGCCAGUGAUUGAAAAAUUACUUGUCAUGAUGUCCAAUGGCGGGGCCAAUCUGUGGAUCCGCGACAAUAAAGACACCUCGGUACUUUCUAAAGCUGCUACGCGCUUCAUGGAGAAGGAUCCCAGUCUCAUCAGGGCCCUUCUCCGACUCGAGAUCGAUCGCGAAGGUGUCAACCCCGAUGCAUGGACAGGAUGGGAGUCUGCCAGAAGGGUCGCGACAUUCGCCGAAGUGCGACAGCACCUUAACGUUGAAGCGACCAUCUCGCCGCCAGAUCUUGACCAUCGAGUGCGCAAGGAAGCAUAUGCCGCGUUGGCCGAGAAACAUCUCGAACUCGCUAAAGAAGAGUUCCCGGACGGCGUGCCAGACUACCGGCGGCAACGUCGAGCUUACAUGGUUGAUAUUCUGAAGAGUUGCCGGGCCUGCAACGUCACCAUUGAUAUGCGUUUUUUCGAUGAAUUGCUGGAGCUUUGUUGA